GACAGGGCCUUUUUUAUUCAAAAGGGAAUAAUCACCUCGUGUCUGACUCACAGAUUAGAUAGAAGAAGCACAGCAGCCGGUCCUGUUGUCUCUCUCUCUCUCUACACGGGUGGUGGGUUAUUUAGUCUCUCAGGUUAAUUGACGCAACUUUUAUUUUUAAAAAACGAACAGCAGUGAUCUUCGUCAAGUGUUUUGUGUGUCUUCUGCAUGUCGUGAACAAAACAAUAACCUUGCAAUAAGGUUUUUCUUACUAGACAUAUAUUUGCAUGUGAAAUUGUUCGGCAGCAGAUGACAUAUGGAAUCUCGUUUUUUCAAACCGUUUGAUUGGUUCUUUUCAAUGUCUCGUCACGCCAGCAGGAUUCAUGCCCACAAGCAGAUUGACCGCCAAACCAGUUGAUAUUGCCAGAACUCUGCGAAUAACUAACAAAUCAUGACGUCAAAAUUACUUGGAGGGUCCUGCAGUCCGACUCCUCCAUCACCACCACCUCCUCCGUUACCUCCACCUAAUCCACCACCUCCACUAGCAUUCAUUCAACAAGAAAUGCCGAGUUCUUCUUCUUCCAUCGAGCAACGACAUCAUCAUCAUGAUGUUGUCAUGGAAGGAACAGUGACGCCACCAAUAAUACCAUCGACUUCAACUCAUCAAAUCUCACCUGGUGCUUCUACUACGACGUCUACUCCGUCAUCAACUUCAUCCGCCAAGGGAGCUGGAUCAUCCGGAUCGGCCACUACGGCCACGACUGGAACUACCGGAACGACGACCACUACAGCCACGAGGAAUAAACGACAAGAAUUAAGUUUCGCCGAACGGAUUCAGGUGAUCCAGGCCCGAACGUCCGGUAAAAGUAUGCGCCAAUUGGCGCUUCAAUUCGGAUGCGGCAAGACUCAAAUCCUCAACAUUUUGGGUCAACGUGAAGCUUAUUUAAAAGAAUGGGAAGACAAGCAGGCGGAAUCUAAUCCGCACAUUAGCGCCAGGAAAAGACGUUCUAGGCGAACGGGUAAUGAAGAAACGAAUCAAAAAGUUUGGGACUGGUACAAUAGACAGAAGAAUAUGGGCAUACGAGUCACUGGUCCCAUGCUCCAGCGAGAGGCUCGAUCCAUCGCCCGGAAUUUGAAUAUUCCCAAUUUUGCCGCUUCCAACGGAUGGCUUGACAGUUUUCGACGACUUCACAACAUCGGUCCGCAAAAUAAAGGAAUGGCGGAUCGUCGCAGUGGAAAUCCAUCGACUUCUGCUGCUGGGACCGGAGGCGGUCAAAGUUCGACCACCCCAGAACCUCGUCCUGGAUAUGGUUCCAUGAUGGCGGCUUCUUCUUCCACUGAGUUUCCAGGCUCUUCGCACUCUGCGCAACUCCCGACUAGCAGUCGGGAUCCUCUUCCCGCAACUAUUCAACGACCACCUCCUCCUUUAGAAGCUUUCGGUUAUCCGUUGCAUUCUUCCGGCUAUUAUCAUCCGCAAACCCGUCUUGAAGAAGAAGACGAAGAAGACGACGACGAAGAAGAAGAGGAAGAGGAAGCCAGAAGAGAUAACGAAGAUAUUGAAUUUGAUCCAUCGCGUCCUCCACUUCAGGCUAUCCAUUCGCAUGAUCAUGAUCAAGGAGCUAUACAUCAUCCAGGGACGGAAUUUGGCAGAAGCUUUGCCCUCAUGACGAACUUUCACGAUUCGUCCAACAGCACAGGAGGACUAUCUACUAAUCAUCCAUCUAUUAGUCCUUUACCUUAUCAUCCAGCACAGUCAUCAUCUUCCGUGGAUGCUUCCGAUUUCCACCGUCAUCGCGGAGGAUAUUCCGAUCCUUAUGAUAGGCAACUCUCGUCCAGCAGUAGCAACAGCGUGGCGUUUUCUCCUACGGAUGUCUACAGCCCAUCGCGACAUCCAGGCCAUCAUCAUCAGUCAUCCAUCGGGGGCCAUCGGUCCAACAAUAACGGAUCUCGUUCCACGGAAGUUUCACCAAUCGAUUCUCGCCGAGCUCUUAGCGGCAAUCUCAUUUCCCCUUCAUUCCAACAGGUUUCCAGCAGUUUGUUUGAACAUGAUUUUACUCCAGCCCCGACAUUUCAGUCGCAAGAACCUUCCCGAUCCAUCAUACAAGAUGGCCGUGCUAGAGGAAAUGGAGGAAGCAGCUCUUUGAUUGGUGGUAAUGUGGCCCUUCAACAACAACAGCAGCAGCGACGAACUUCAGUUUUAACUUCGACUCAUGCGGUCACUGCAGCCGCCGCGGCCGCCGCUGCUGCCAGUUUGGAGAAUCAACAACUGCAGCAACAACAACAACAGCUGAUCAACGAAGAGAGGGCUCGGUCGACGUCCGCACCAGGACUGGAUCUUUUCCCACCAGUAGGAAUAUUUGGUGCUUUGCUAUCUAUGGUGCGAUCCUGCGGCCUAUCGUGUUUGGAAUACGCCGAUGAUCGAGGCGAUAUCUGGUUGGAAAUUAAACCACCUUCGUUUGCUACUUUCCGCGUUCCAUCCUUUGGUUAUCGAACGCAUUUAAUGCGACUCCUCGUCGAUCGUCAUUUAUCCUAUUGGUUCGAAGUAUUGGGCCACUGUGUACGCUCUGGAACUUUCCGCUCUCUCACUUCCGGUGGAAUUGAUCCGAGUCUCGUCAAGCCGCUUUUGGAUUCUCUCAAUGGAGGCGCCACCGUUUGCCACGGACGUGGCAGCGUUCUCAAACGUGUCCACCAAUUCCAUCCGAAAGAGGCCUUGGAACAAGGAUUGGCCGGGCAGAAUUAUUUCACUUUACCGGAUUAUCGCUAUCGAUCCUACGACUGCUCCCGAUUAAUUGAUGCUAAAACCGGAGCCACUCAAUGCUUCGCCUGUUUACAACCGUACGAACCUCAUCGACCGGAAUCUCCUCUGGACGGCAUUCACGCUUCAUCCGUUAUCCGACUUCAGCAGCAACAGCCGCGAGAUGGUCUCUCGCAACCUUCUGCAGCGUCGCAACAGCAAGAAGAACAACACAAUCGGCAACAACAGCAGCAGCAGCAACUACAACAGCACAAUCUUCUAACCAACGAACCGUUAAAUUUGAGUAUUCAUCCGAUAAUGGAAGAAUCAGUUAUUAAUUCACCAGAAAUGAAGAAAACUGAAUUCCACUUCGUGUCUUCCGAUGGAAUUCCCAAUAGGAACAUAAUUUUUUCAAAUCGACGUCUUCUGACGCCUUCGCCUUCCGCCGUCGCACGACAGUCACCUCUGUUACAACUUGCAGCAGUACAACAAACAUCACCUCAACCUACAAUUCAGCAACAUCAUCAUCAUCACCAUCAUUACUACAACAGUGGUAGUAAACCCAAUGCCGCAGAUCAGAAUCCUGACGAUUAUCGACUGGCCAAGGAAGCAGCUUUUUUGAGUCUCACGAACGAACGUCCGUCCACGAAUGAUCAACGUCGAAGUCAAGAUUGGCAACAUAUUUCCACCACCAACCGAGAAAAUUUGGGUUCCAAGUUAGGAACGGGAACUGAAGUCGAUAUGAAAUCGGAUGAUCCUGAAUUUUCCAAUGAGUGGAUCAAGCAAGAAGUUUUGGAUUCCAGCAACACGAAUACAAACAACAUGAUUACCUUUAAAUAAAGAAGUGCGUAAAUAAACAAUGCCAAUAGAAAAUUAAUAAAAAGAUUUUAGUAGAAGAAAUAAAACGACAAUCAAAGUGUAUUAUCAAGGAUCUCGUAUUUCAGGGAAAUAAUAUUUAGUGUGAAUUAUUAGGAAGUGAAUUAUUGGCAUUCGACAAAUGUUAGAAAAUUUGGUCGUUUUGAAAAUUUUUGUCAAUUCUUUUUGUUCUAUUUUUGAGUUGUUUAUUUUUUGAAAUUGUAAUUGUUUUGUAUAAUUGCCUUUCCAUCCGCCACGCCUUUAAACUGCGUCUUGGCGAUACUCAAAAAUUUAAAAUUAGUACCUUAAUAUUCCCUAUCCCUUUUUUUACAUGCAACUAAACUCUCAUUAAAAAUAAGUUUUUUGGUGGACUUUUCUCUCUAUCUUUCCCCUUCUCUCUUCAAUCUACUAGAACAUCUCAUCUCGAUUCAAAAUUUCGGGUAGAUUCUAGAAUACAAAAAGUCGCAAAUUCACAAUACAAAAAGCAACU